UCACAAAACUAACUUCUCCAGAUCUCUUCUUCUUUACUUACUCAUCAUCAUCAUCAGAGAAGAAGAUCUGAGAAAAUAAAAAAAAAAAAAAUUGAAAAUGAAGCUCGAGUUCAUCAUUGUUGCUAUGAUGCUAAUGCUCGUACUCGUCUCCGGUGAGAUUUUAACUAAAUCUUCACCAGCUCCGUCACCGGAUCUAGCCGUAAACAAAGCAGAUUCGCCUUUGAAUCACCGCGCACCUACGCCGGAACUCGGAUCUCCUCCUUCUCCAGCGCAAUCUCCAAUUGGAUACUCUUCUCCUCCAGAACCUGAAACGACACACUCUCCUUCUCCUUCCCCGUCGAUCUCUCCGCCAUUACCGAAUGAUUCACCUUCGUCGUCUUCGUCUCCGUCUCCGUCUCCGUCGCAGGAAGCUAGUGAUAUUAACCACAGCGAUAUGACUGGAAUCGAAGGGAAAAAAUCACCGUCGUCCGGAGGAGGAGGAAUGAGUGGAGGGAAGAAGGUAGGGGUAGCUUUCGGAGUGAUUACGGCGGUGUGUGUGGUUGGAGUCGCCGGAUUUGUGUACAAGAAACGGCAAGAGAAUAUUCGCAGAUCUCGUUACGGUUACGCGGCCAAUGAGAUUCUGUAGAGAGAGAGAGAGAGAGAGAUCCGGCGACGAAAGGCUGAAUUAAAUUUUUGAUUUUUUUUCUUUUUCUGGUAACUUUUAAAAUUUGAAUUCGAAAACAUUUAUUGAUACUUUUUUUUUUUUUCGUUCGUGUUAUUUGUAUAAUCUUUGAAGUUUAUGAUCUCCGGGUGAUGAUUAGGUUCCCAAUCAUAUGUGAUAACUUAUGUUUAAUAAUGCAUUCUAAUAUACAAAUAACAACAAUUAAGUAUU